AUGGAGAGGAUUACAGUGCACCUAAACCCCUUCGGGUUUACUAAGAAGCUGCUAGGGCAGAAGCGGAGUGGAAUCCUUACCUGCCCAGAGGAUGACAUCAAUCACCACCUCUCUGAAACCUACAGCGACCGGCAGAGAGAGGAAGACCUGGGCCCCUGUAGAGAACUGAUUUCACCACCGCUACCAUCCAGCCAAUUCAACACCAAAGAGCCAACGCUGACAGAAGUCAAGAACACAGUCAGGGCUGCACGGACAAGUGCAGCACCCGGGCCGAGCGGCGUGCCAUACAAAGUCUACAAGCAUUGCCCAAGACUUCUGCAGAGGUUGUGGAGAAUCAUCAGGGUAGUGUGGCGAAGAGGGAGGGUAGCCAAGCAGUGGAGGCAUGCCGAAGGUGUAUGGAUACCAAAGGAGGAAAAUGCAAGUGACAUCUCGCAGUUCCGUACCAUCUCACUGCUCAGCGUAGAGGGCAAGAUCUUCUUUAAGAUCCUUGCCAAUCGCAUGACUGAUUUCCUCCUGAGGAAUUCCUACAUCGACACCAGCGUGCAGAAGGGAGGAAUUCCAGGCUUUCCAGGCUGCAUUGAACACACUGGAGUGGUCACCCAGCUAAUCCGAGAGGCUAGAGAGAACCGAGGGGAUUUGUCAGUCAUCUGGCUUGACCUGGCAAACGCCUACGGAUCGAUCCCCCACAAGCUGGUGACCAAAGCCUUGACAAUGCACCAUGUCCCGCAGAAGAUCACAGAUCUCAUACAGGACUACUACAGUAGUUUUAGUAUGAGAUUUACAUCUGGAUCCACAACAUCAGCAUGGCACCGCCUAGAAAAAGGCAUCAUCACUGGUUGCACCAUAUCAGUGACGCUGUUUGCUCUGGCGAUGACCAUGCUUGUCAAGGCUGCAGAGGUGGAAUGUAGAGGGCCUCUAUCCAGAUCUGGCACUCGCCAACCGCCAAUUAGAGCCUUUAUGGAUGACCUAACAGUCACAGCAACAUCUGUGCCAGGGUGCCGCUGGCUCCUUAAAGGUCUCGAAAGGCUAACAUCUUGGGCGAGAAUGACAUUCAAGCCAGCAAAAUGCCGAUCCCUUGUGCUGAGGAAGGGAAGAGUGGAGGACAAAUUCCGCUUCCACAUGAACGGUCUCCAAAUCCCAUCAUUGACGGAGAAGCCGGUGAAGAGCCUGGGGAAGCUCUUUGACGCAACCCUGAGAGACACAGCAGCAAUCCAGGCCAUGCACGCGGAGCUGAAAACAUGGCUUGCGGCAGUGGACAGGUCAGGCCUCCCUGGGAAAUUUAAAGCCUGGAUAUAUCAGCAUGGCAUCCUGCCAAGGCUCCUGUGGCCACUACUGAUGUACCAGGUCCCAGUUACAACUGUGGAGACCCUGGAGAGAAACAUCAGCCAGUUCCUGCGCAGGUGGCUGGGCCUGCCGAAGAGUCUGAGCUGCCUUGCCCUUUAUGGACACUCCAACAAACUGCAGCUCCCAUUCUCAGGCCUGACAGAGGAGUUCAAGGUGACAAGAGCCAGGGAGGUGUUACUCUACAGGGACUCCUCCGACAACAGAGUCUCCUCUGCAGGCAUUGAGGUCAGGACUGGGCGGAAGUGUCAAGCGCAGGAGGCAGUCCAACAGGCGGAGGCAAGGUUGCAGCACAGUGUGUUAGUAGGCUCAGUGGCGGUUGGGCGAGCAGGACUAGGCUGCCAUAAGACUCUGCGCUAUGACAAAGUGCAGGGGAGGGACAGACGGCAGAUGGUCCAGGGAGAGGUCCGGGCAGAGGUGGAAGAGGAGCGGCGCAGCAAAACAGUGGCCAUGCGUCAGCAGGGGGCUUGGACCAAUUGGGAGCAUGCACUGACUCGGAAGAUCACCUGGUCAGAACUUUGGAGGUCAGAGCCAGCAAGACUCAAGUUUCUGAUCCAGUCAGUGUAUGAUGUCCUACCAAGUCCAGCCAAUCUGCAUUGCUGGGGGCUAGCUGAAGCACCAUCUUGUCCUCUAUGCCCGGCAAGAGGAUCGCUGGAGCACAUCUUAAGCUGCUGCCCGAAAGCUCUGGGAGAGGGGAGGUACAGAUGGCGCCAUGACCAGGUGCUGAAGGCAGUAGCGGACACCAUCUGUGCUGGAAUCCAGCAAAGCAAGCACCAGCCCUUAGCAAGGCCACACAUUGCCUUCGUCAGGGCCGGAGAGAGGCCUCAGUCACAGCCAAAGGUCCCAGCUGGGCUACUAUCCACAGCGGGUGACUGGCAGCUGAAGGUGGACCUGGGGAGUCAAUUGAAGUUUCCGCAGCACAUCACCAGCACUACACUCAGGCCAGACAUGGUCCUAACAUCAGAGAGUACAAAGCAGGUGGUGCUGUUGGAACUCACAGUCCCCUGGGAAGACCGGAUUGAGGAGGCCUUUGAGCGGAAAAAGGCGAAGUACCUGGAGCUGGUGGACGACUGCAGGCUGAAAGGAUGGAGGGCCCGCUGUGAGCCAAUUGAGGUUGGCUGCAGAGGAUUUCCAGGACAGAGCCUGCACCGGUCACUCAGGCUACUUGGAAUCAGAGGUGCUCAAGAAAGGAAAGCCACCAGAAACAUCUGUGAGGCAGCUGAGAGAGCCUCAAGGUGGCUGUGGAUAAAAAGGGGCGACACAUGGCUUAGUGCGCUGCUUGGACACAAGUCGGGGUCUGAUCAGCCCCGGCUGGGUCGCCCAGGUGAGGGUGUUCAAUGAUCAAAGACCCGAAACACCCCGUGAUCUCUGGGUUCAUUGCUGAGGAUGUGUCCAAGCUGCACCACUAAGGUGUUUCUGUUAACUAGUCUUCUGGCACAGCCAGUGAC